GGCAGCAGCAGUCACGCGUUGUUUGCUUCAGAGUGCAAAUAUGGCGGAUGAUGGAGAGUCGCUGGAGUCUUGGCUCAACAAGGCCACCAACCCUUCCAACAGACAGGAAGACUGGGAGUAUAUCAUGGGAUUCUGUGACCAAAUCAAUAAGGAGCUGGAGGGCCCACAAAUAUCUGUUCGACUUUUGGCUCACAAGAUUCAGUCCCCUCAGGAAUGGGAGGCGAUACAAGCGUUAACGGUUCUGGAGGCUUGUAUGAAGAACUGCGGGCGAAGGUUUCACAAUGAAGUCGGGAAAUUUCGUUUUUUAAAUGAACUAAUCAAAGUGGUUUCACCUAAAUAUCUAGGAGACAAAGUAUCAGAGAGGGUGAAGACGAAAGUGAUUGAGAUGCUGUACAGUUGGACUGUGUCUCUACCGGAUGAAGCAAAGAUCUGUGAAGCCUAUCAGAUGCUGAAGACACAGGGCAUCGUGUCAGUUGACCCAGAAAUCUCUCUUGAUGCCACAUUAAUACCGUCGCCCUCUCCGCGACCAAAGAAUCCUGUCUUUGAUGAUGAGGAGAAGAGCCGGAGAUUGGCGUUGCUGUUGAAGAGCAAAAAGCCCGAAGAUCUGCAAGAGGCCAAUCGGCUCAUCAAGAACAUGGUCAAAGAGGAUGAGGUGAGAACACAGAAAGUGACAAAGCAAAAAGGCACGCUGGAGGCAGUUAACAACAGCGUCAAACUCCUUAACGAGAUGCUCGCCUACUUCAGCCCAGAAGACUCUACUGACGGUGAUAAGGAGCUCAUUAAGGAGUUAUACGGUGAUUGUGACAAGCUCAGGCAAACAGUGUUUCAGCUCGCUACCGAGACCGAGGAUAACGACAGCAACCUGGGAGACAUCCUGCAGGCCAGUGAUGACCUCUCCCAUGUCAUUAAUUCUUAUAAGAAGAUUGUGGAAGGACAGACCAUCAACGGAGAGACUGAAGAAGCACAACGAACACGAUCGGCAGUUCAAAAGGGCACCGGCCGCACAACUCAGUCAGAGGUUCUGAUCGACCUGGUGGGUCUGGACAUCCAGAGCCCCUCUCAACCAGAACAACAACCCCCAGCAUCCUCUCUGUCUAUUCCAGCUGACCUCAUGUGUGGCUCCGCUGCCCCUGAAGCUCAGUCCCUGAGCCCCGACGCACCCUCCGCAGCGCUCUCUCUGCUGGAUGAAGAACUGCUGUCUUUAGGCCUCAACGAACCUGCUCCUGUUUCAAACAAAUCAACCGCACCGACACAUGUUAACAUGAACAAUCAUUUUCAACCAUUACAGGAUUCCAGUAAGGAUUUGGAUCUUUUUGACACCACCUCACCUCCAGCUCCUGCGUUUUCUACAUCGUCACUUUUCCCACACGGCCUCGCUGCGACAGUCAGCCCCGCCAAGUCUUCAAUAGCUGCCUCUGCCUUAAGCUUCCCCGUCUCUGUGUUCCCCACACCUUCCGUUCCCACAGAAUCUGUCUCCAUAGCGUCACAGUCACAGCAGUCAGUCAGUUCGGUAUCGACUGUCACAGCCCCAGCAGCUCUCCCUCCGUCGUACAGCAUGGCCUUGUCUGCUCCAUCAGCCACCGCUGUCACUCCACAACAGGUCUCCACUGCAGCAGGGCCCUCCCAGUCUGCUUCACCUUCUCUUAAUCAUAAUCUACAAGACCUAGCCUUGCUCGAUCUGGGCAGUCCUAAAAUUACACCUGGUGUGAUGGAUUUUGGCAGCUUGCUAAUCAAGAGUGAGGAUCUGCAUCCUCCUGCCACCCUGUUGUCCAAUCUUGGAGGCACCUCCACCACAUCCAACCCUCUGCUCAUAGGAGGGAUGUCAGGAGGGUCCACUCUCCCGCCUGCCAAGUGUCAACCAGACGACAGUCCUCUGUUACGCUCUCUGUCCCCCGUCCUCCCCCUCAGCCAGCCCAGUCCAGGCAGGGGAGAAGAGGUAUCGCUGGCUAAUGUCUUUGUUCCUUUGGAUGCCAUCAAGCCAAGUAAAGUGUGUCCUGUGACAGCGUACGAUAAAAACGGCGUCCGCGUCCUGCUGCAUUUCGCCACCGACUGUCCACCAGGCAGGCCCGACGUACUGGUGAUGGUGGCGUCUAUGCUUAACACAGCCCCGCUGCCCGUCAGGAACGUUGUUCUGCAGGCUGCUGUGCCGAAGACAAUGAAAGUGAGACUGCAGUCGCCCUCGGGGACAGACCUGGCUCCUUUCAACCCAAUCCUUCCCCCUGCUGCCAUCACUCAGGUCAUGCUGCUUGCCAAUCCUCUCAAGGAAAACGUUCGGAUGAGAUACAAACUAACAUUCACGCUGGGAGAGCAGCCGCACACAGAAGUGGGGGAGGUGAACGAGUUCCCGCCUGCUGACAGAUGGGGGGCUCUAUAGCCCUGCCUACCUGUUAGGCUGGCCAGACACUACAAGACUUCUUAAACAGUUCAGUUUGUCAGUGCAGCUCAAAGGUCAAGAGAAAGGGCAGUAUUGGAAGAUUUGAAGAAUAUAGUAUAUAAACUCUAAUGGACCUUGAAGGAGAAUUUCUGCUCGGAUGGCCCACCGAAGUAGCCAAAGUCGAUUUAAACUUUACUACAGUGCCAGAUAGGUAGUCAGUGCAGUGCAAUGGUUGAACGUGGAUGAUGGUUGUUGAAUAAUGCUAAGUUAUUAUUAGGUUAUUACUAUACCCUUUUAUUCUCAUUUAAUGCUCACAUGUACUCCUACACCUCCAUCAUAUCAGAACUGAUUGGAGUACUCUUGCACUUUUGGAUACCAGGCAGUCUUAACAUAGAGCAAAAAACACAUAUUGAAGGAGAUUGUGAAGCCAGGGUCAUGUGAUCACAACCCACAUUUCACAUGAUUUGCUGCUUCGGUCACUCUCACUUCACGUCUCCUAAUAAGCUUCACCGUUACUACUGAAUACUUUUACUAGUCUUCUGAGUUCUGUACUAACUCAUAGCUUAAGACUCUUGGUGUGCUUCUCAGUCUUUCAGUAUUUAUUAUCAUGAAUGUGUUUAUUUAUUUUGGUUUGGGGUGGAAGGUAUCAGAUCUGUUAACUUUACUGUAUGGUAUUGCAGGUGUAAUCCUGCAUUCUCAUCUUAUGACGGUCUUUUUCAGUACUGAAGUAAAGGGGGUACACAUGUGGUGUGUGUAAGAAGCUUUAAUGUUACUAAAUAUUCAAACAAGACAUGUUCUAAUAUGUUGCAUUAUGUAGCAACAGUGUGGUGGAUUCUGAUGGGAAAAAGAGUUGUUUUGCUACAUAUCCAGGCUGUGAACUUUGGAUAGCAUGUUCAUAUAAAAAUGUAAUCCUAGUAGCCCCCUUUUCCUUGGCAGGUACAACAUGAGUUAUUAAGGGGAAGAGGUCAAGCGCAUACAAUGAGUGGAUGUGCUUAGAGGUGAGAAUUCUCCCCUAGAAACAGGAAGUCAUAUUGUUGUAAAGGAAAUUAAAUGUCAUGUAUAGCUUAGCCUUUGCUCCCCCCUGUUAGACCAUGUUGUGGAAACCAAACUAGAGAGUGAGGAUAUUUUCCCUCGGUCAAAUGUAAAUGUUAAGCUCGUUUGGGAGUUUCCUAUAUCAAACUAGGAAAAUAUGUCUUCUGUAAGCACUGACAGAAUAAAUCAGAAGUAAAUAUUUGGGAUGAAUCCAAAGCAUUAUGCUUAUCAUGCGGUUAUCAAAAAAACAGUAUGUUUGUCUUUCUGGAGCUAUUAGUGUUAUAAAGGAGAUUCUCUACAUAUUUCUUAUAAAACUAUUAUUUAUUUGUCUUAGAUUGUUAAAUGAACUUGUCAUUGCAUAUUUUUUGAAAAGCUGUUUCUGUGCAUGGAGAAUAAAGACUGAGAUGGAUCUAUUUGUAUUACAAUUUCCA